AAAAAGUUGAGUCGCGCUGACUACAUCACACACAUGCACACAUAAUAAUCUAGCUAGAGUUAUUGUUUAUCAACUUCUUAAUAACGAAAUGUAAUAAAUUGCCCAGUCAUAUCCAACGAUUGCAGUGAACAACAUGUAGACCUACUCUAGCUACUUUUCACCACAACCUUUCGCAGUUUACGUAGAACUAAGCAAACUGACUCGGAUUCUUGCUAACGUGUUAGCUAGCGUCAGCUAACGAACCAUCCCGGAAAUUACAUUUGCUAAAAGUUACAAGCUUCACUACAGCAGCAGGAUUAGGUCGUGUAGUGUAUUUAGCUGGCAUCUAUUAGUAAGGAAAAUAACUUGAUCUGCUCACUGGAUAGAUCCAGUUUACUAGGGAGCACAUUUUUUUGCUAACGACAAAACCAACUUGUUGAAUUUGCAACUCAGGUCCUCUCAUGAACCCCAGUGUAAACUCGAUAAUAGCCGGACAUAAAAAUGCUGCGAUAAGGAUGCCAACACUGGUCAACACAGGUUUACGAUCCUUCAAUCCAGUUUCGCAAUACAACCAGCGUCUUGGACUGAUUCCCAAGAUAGCGAUGGGGUCCAUGGGGGGUCAUCAUCCUGGACCCUCUUUUGGUGGGAACAUGCCCUCACGCACCGGAAUGGGGCUCUCACCUAUAGACGCUUCCAGAAAGAGGUUUCUUCACCAGCAGCAACAACUUCACCAGCAAGUGGGACUUGCAGGCCCAAGGCACGGUGGAAAAAGGCGCAAGAUGGCUGACAAGGUGCUUCCACAAAGGAUCAGAGACCUUGUUCCUGAGUCCCAAGCCUACAUGGACCUUCUUGCCUUUGAGAGGAAGCUGGAUCAGACCAUCGCACGCAAGCGCAUAGAGAUUCAGGAAGCCAUCAAGAAGCCUAUCACGCAAAAACGCAAAUUGAGGAUUUACAUAUCCAACACCUGUACUCCUGGCAAGCCAGAAGGUGAAGAAAUUGAUCAAGUUUCAUCCUGGGAACUAAGGAUGGAGGGCAAACUACUAGAGGAUAUUGGAAAUCAAAAACGGAAGUUUUCAUCUUUUUUUAAAAGUCUGGUAAUUGAGCUUGACAAGGAGCUGUAUGGGCCGGACAACCACUUGGUAGAGUGGCACAGGAUGCCUACCACCCAGGAAACUGACGGCUUCCAGGUGAAGAGACCUGGAGAUUCAAGUGUAAAAUGCACUUUACUACUCAUGCUUGAUCACCAGCCACCUCAAUAUAAACUGGACCCCAGGUUGGCCCGACUGUUAGGCGUCCACACUCAGACACGUGCCAGCAUCAUGCAGGCUCUGUGGCUCUACAUCAAGGUCAACCAGCUGCAGGACAGCCAGGAGAAGGAGUACAUUAACUGCAACCACUAUUUGAGACAGAUUUUUGUCUGUCCUCGUCUGAGAUUUACUGAAAUUCCCAUGAAGCUGGCUGGGCUACUGCAGCAUCCUGACCCCAUAAUCAUCCAUCAUAUCAUCAGUGUUGACCCUAAUGACCUCAAGAAGACCGCAUGCUAUGACAUUGAUGUGGAGGUGGACGACCCGCUCAAAGUUCAGAUGAACAGCUUCCUGUCCUCUGCAACUAAUCAGCAGGAGUUUGCUACUCUUGAGAUGAAGAUCCAUGAAACCAUAGAGUCUAUCAACCAUCUGAAGACUCAGAGAGACUUCAUGUUGAGCUUCAGUAACAACCCCCAAGACUUCAUCCAGGAUUGGCUCAAGUCCCAAAGCCGAGACCUUAAGCUGAUGAUGGAUGUUGCAGGGAACCCAGAGGAGGAGAGGCGGACAGAAUUUUACCACGCCCCGUGGGUUCCUGAGGCUGUGGGCAGAUACGUUAGCGCAAAGGUGCAGCAAAGAAGACAAGAAUUGGAGCAGGUCCUGGGAAUACGGCUCACUUGAGCCUUCACAAUCAUAGAUCUGCAUGUCAUCCACAGAAAUGGAACCGGCUAGGAUCUUAAUGUUUACUCACAUCCUGACACACCAAAAGACACCAAUGGGUUAUAAUGGCUGAGGUGUAGGGUCAAAUGUAAGUCUUCAUCGCACACAUUAUGUAACAUAAUACAUUUGCAUCUGCUUUUUCUUUAUCUAAUUUUGUCUACUGUCCACCUCCAAACCCAAAGUGUGUCCACAGCUGAGGGGCCAGCCAAGCCCCUAUAUAGAUUUCACUAAGGGAAAAUGGGACAUCCCCGAUGCUGUUGGUACACUGCAUCAAUAAAGAAGGGGCUGUGCCCUCAAUUAGUUUGACAUGGCCUAUCUGAAUUUGAAAAAAUCAUCACAAAAACAUUUAGCUUGAAAUUAACACCUAACUAACACACAACUUAAAUGUUCACAGCCAUGUCCGAUGUAGAUAUUUUCAUCCUUUGCCGUUGUGCAGUGUAGAAAAUGCAAAUAUCUUGUUAGUUUCUUUGUAAAUAUUGCAUGUGAAUGUGUCACUGUGCAGGUAGUUGCAUUGUCCAGGCCAAAAACAAAAACAAAACUUUUACUGUCAAGUCAGCUAGUUGUUCUCUUAAUCAAA